AUGUCCUCUGCAGUACCUAGGGUUACUCCGCUGAAAAAUCCUGUACUGCCGCUGCAGACUACACCCGAGCAGCGGUAUUGGCGGCAGUAUUCAUCAACACAGUUGGUAAAAGAGCAUAAUGCAGUGACGCAUAUAGAGUUCAACCCGCAGCACCCACACGAUUUUGCAGUUACAUCUUCCACGCGUGUACAGCUGUUUUCCUCCCGGACGCGGCAAGUGAUCAAGACCUUCUCGCGGUUCAAGGACGUGGUCUACAGCUCGUCGUUCCGGCCGGAUGGCAAGCUGCUUGCAGCGGGUGAUGCCACAGGGCUGGUGUCUGUGUACGACAGCUACAACCCCCGGAAUCUGCUUGUGUCUAUCAAGGCUUCGACGCAUCCGGCGCACGUCACUAAGUUCCACCCGCUGGACAAACAGACUCUAGUGACGGCGACGGACGAUCGUGUGGUGCGGGUGUGGGACAUCUCCCAUGCAUAUGAGCCGACUCUGGAGCUGCUGGGAGCGUCUGACUAUGUGCGUUCCGUGUGCUUCGUGCCAGGAGCGCCACAUAUGGUUGUCUCGGGAUGCUACGACGGCGUGGUACGGCUGCAUGACACGCGGACGCGCUCCGCACAGCCCGUCACGCAGCUCAAUCACGGGAUGUCUGUGGAAGACAUAGUUGCAAUCUCUCCCACUCAGCUGGUGUCGUGUGGCGGUAGUAAGUUCAAGGUAUGGGACCUCACUGGAAACAAGCUAUUGCACGAGCGCGGCAACUUUGCCAAGACUGUUACCUGUCUCGACUACGUGAACAUGCCAGAUGGCGGUGCGAUGAACUCUUGCUUGCUUGCAUCAUCUCUCGAUGGCCAUGUCAAGGUGUUUGAUCCAUUAGACGGUUACAGAGUGAAGUUUGGUUGGAAGUUCAGCAGCGCAGUAUUGAGCUGUGCCAUCUCUCCCGGCGACGCGCAAGGGAACAAGCAUCUAGUAGCCGGCCUGUCAUCUGGUCUACUAGCCAUAAGGACAAAUAAGAAGACCCGUGAACCAAAGGGUGAUAGCGAUGCGCAGGACACGGAGACUGCCAUUAUGGGCAAGGAACGCAAGAGUAACAACUUUCAACGGAUGAUGCGUGGUUCUGAAUACAAAGGCGACCAAGAGCAUAUCAUACAUAAUGACAAGCCACGACAGCAACCCAGACUACGUUUAUUCGAAAAGAAACUGAACCAAUUCAAAUGGGCCGAGGCCCUUGACAGCGCCUUUGUUCCAGGGAUGGCGAAGGAGCUGACGCUGACUGUUCUACAAGAACUCCGCAAACGGGGGAAGAUUCGGGUCGCACUAUAUGACAGAGACGAGACCUCUCUCGAGCCGCUACUAAAUUGGUGUCUAAAAGGCUUAGAAGAUACCAGGAGCGCUCCUGUUGUUGCUGAUUGGAUAGCAGUCGUGCUUGAAAUGUACGCGACAAUAAUUGAGCGCUCACCUGUGUUGGAAGAAAUGGUCGUGGCGCUAAGGAAUAAAGUAAGACAGGAGAUUCACAAGUGCAAAGAAGCACAAAAGAUCCAAGGUAUGCUCCAAAUAUUAACCAAUUAA